AUGUCUGCGAAUACUUACAACGUUCUUUCCCAAUUGGGAAAAGGUGCUUUUGGAACCGUGUAUUUGUGCGAAAGAAAACACAACAAAUUAAAAAUUGUCGUCAAAGAAAUCAGUUUAACCGCGGAUAACGAAAAAUCUCAAACGGCUAAGAAUGAGGUACAAAUUUUGCGAUCUCUAAACAACCCCAACGUGAUUAAAUAUCACGAUAACUUCAUCAAAGAUAAUUCGUUAUGUAUUAUUAUGGAGUAUGCAAGUCAUGGGAAUUUGUACGAGUUACUCAAAAAUCGUCAACAACGACUUUCUUUUUCGGAGGUUAUGAAGUUUUUUUGCCAAAUUGUGAUGGGGCUAAAACAUAUUCAUCAAAAAAAAGUUGUUCACAGAGAUUUAAAACCAGAAAAUAUUUUUUUAACCGGCAAGGAUGGGGAUGUUGUUAAAAUCGGCGAUUUUGGGAUAUCAAAAUUAUUAGCAACCCAUACUGAUAAAACAUCUACUUUAAUUGGAACAACAAAUUAUUUAGCACCAGAAAUUUGCGAUGGAUUACCUUAUGAUAAAAAAUCAGAUAUUUGGUCUUUAGGAUGUAUUUUAUACGAGCUGUGUGAAUUACAUAGAUAUUUCGAUGGAAGUAUCACCGAUAUAAUAACAUCAAUAAAAUCAGGAAAACGUAAACAAAUCGAUAUCAACACCUACAGUUUAGAUUUACAAAAUAUAAUUGACAUAACCGUUCAAAUGCCUCCAGAAAAUCGCCCAGAAUGUGUUAAUAUCAUGGCUUAUCCAAUAAUGGCUCACAACAUAACAAAGUUAUGUGUUAAUCUUGGUAAUUUACAGGAUGAAAAAUGAUAUGUUAAAAAUAAAUUUAAACUUUUUCUUAAC